AUGAUGACCACCGCAUCGCUUCCGACACCCGCACACCAACUCUCCGCUCCAACAUCUUCUCCAAACGCAACGGCCAACCGCGAUGUAAACUACCAAGGCCUGCCCAUCCCACGCGGCCCCGUCACUGCACCGCUUUCCUUCUACAAAGCCCCAGAAGAUGGCGCACCGCCACACAACUACGUAGAGCCACUUCCGGGCGUCCCACAGCGAAACUGGGGCGAUGACUGGCAAGAAGUCAGACUGGAAGACCUUCGGGGUCAAGAGCAAAAGUUCACUCUAGACAAGAACGCCUUUGAUACAUUCCAGAAUAUCAAAAGCGGCUUGGACAGGGCCGAUUUCGAAGAUGACGAGGCGAUAAAGCGGGUUUAUUACCCAGAAGUGGAAGAUCUGCUCUUGAAGAAUGUCCAAGGCGCGCAACGGGUGUUACUAUUCGAUCACACUAUUCGCCGACCCACGGGUAACCGCAAUGCCGUGCAGCGCGUCCAUAUCGACCAAACGCCCUUCUCCGCAGCCCAACGCGUUAGAUUCCACCUUCCCGAAGAGGCCGAGAAACUCCUUCGAGGCCGCUACCGCAUCGUUAAUGUCUGGCGCCCGCUCAAUGGUCCCGUAAUGGGUAACUCGCUCGCAGUCGCGGAUAGUCAGACGGUGCGCGAUGGUGAUCUUGUGCCGAUCGAACACCGGUACCCUGAUAGGAAUGGACAGACGGCGGCUGUGGCAUACAACCCAGAGCAGAAGUGGUACUAUUGGUCAGGCAUGAAAAAUGAGGACAGACUUUUGCUCAAGUGUUUCGACAGCGAUGAGAACUUUGGACAAUGGGGACGCGUGCCGCAUACCGCUUUUACUGACCCCAGGACUCCAGAGGGGGCUGUGGGGAGGGAGAGUAUCGAAGUCAGGGCGCUGGUGUUCGGUUAG